AUGUACCUAUUUGGCAUUCCCGUUUUGACAAAGUUCUUUGCCCAGCAAAUGCAGCCUCCAGGAAGUGCGACUCGGCGACAUAGCCCACUAUCGUCAGAUGCCAAUUGGCCUUCAUGUGCUGUUUCCACCAACAUUUCGCCUAGUGGCUUGCCAGUCAGUCCCGUUAGCGACACAAGCCACAACUUCAACACGCCUCGACUUUUUCGGGAAGCGCUUCGAUUCAUCAACGCUACAUUCGCACCAAAAGAGAUUUUCGUUGCCGAAUUCGGGUUUCCGGUAUAUGGCGAAAGCGACAUGGAGCUUGGCCAGGCUCGGUAUGAUCUCGGCAGAACCAACUUCUUUCAUGACUAUCUUCUUGAGAUUCUUGGUGCGUAUAACGAGGACAAAAUUCCAGUCAAAGGAGCCAUUUCCUGGGGUCUGAUGGACAACUUGGAGUGGAGCAGUGGACUGGAGGUGAGAUUUGGGUUUCAAUAUGUGAACUAUACCACCCAGGAAAGGUAUUAUAAGCAAUCCAUUCAUUAUCUGACCCAGUUCUUUGAGCAUUACAUCCAAUGA